AUGGCGUUUCCGUCGUGUGUUCAGUGCGGGACGAGACAAAACCCGUGUCGGUGCAAAGUGGUGGGACCGACGUUAGGGUUCGUGGCUUUUCUGGUGACCGGAAUCAUCGAGUGGCCGGUUGGUGCGGUGGUUUAUAUCUUUAAACACACAAAGGGUCGCCGUAUAAUGGGUCACCCGGCAACCGUCGUUUAUCCCAAAGUCUCUAGAUCCAUUCCCAUUUGA